AUGACCAUCACUUUCUCCUAUCCCCGGGAAUUCGACACUUUAUCCCUCGAUCCUCCACAUUUCCGCUCGUCACUACUUGCGUGGGACGCUGACGGAACGCGUAUUGCGUGCGCCCGCACCGACAAGUCGAUUAAAGUCGCCAAAUUCGACCAUAUCAGACAGAAGUUCGACGACCCGGUCGUGAUUACCGCGGCCCACGAGUCCCCCGUGGCCGUCCUCAUAUGGGAGUGCAGCAGAAAUGCUCGCCUUACCGCUAUUUCGACAGACUGCACCCUCAAAGUGUGGGAAAUUAAAACAAAAGCCCACAAACUGGUAAGAUCGCUCAAACUCGCCAAUACUGCCCCCAAACUCGCCAAAUACUCCCCAGAUGGCAGAUAUCUUGCCAUUGCGGAUAAAGAAGCCAACUUGAUACUGCUGGACUCGUCUACUCUGCAAUUGAGCACUGCUAUCUCCAUAAAGAUGAGCUCCCAAAUCGGCGACAUGGACUGGGACGCAGACUCUGAAACCCUCAUUUGCGGACUCACAGAUGGCUCCCUGCAACUAUAUAGGGUCCAGAAUAACAACAAUCUCCACGCAAUCGAACUUAUCCAGUCGCUGCAUCUUUCAGACUCCCCAAUUGUCUCCAUAAAAUACAUAGCAGACCGCAACCAGAUCCUGGCAGCAGGCCUGGACGGCCAGCUGCUCGUGGUGGACGUGCAGCUGCUCAUCUGCACAAAAAGCCUCUACAAUCUUGACGACGCUCCCGUCUGCAUCGACAUCCUUGCACCAGCAGUGGCGAUAAGCUACCAAAAUAACAACGUUCGUAUAUUCGAUAUGGACGGCGGGGAGGAGGUGCACGAGGUGAAGAACAGCAAAGGCGACAACGCGCUCGCCAAGUUCCACCCGCAAUUCCGCGAAAUUCUGGCCUACAUUGACGGUUCCGGCAAAGCUACCGUGAUGGUGGCCAAGAAGAGAACGGGGCCUGCCCGUGCCCUGCCGCGGCCUGUGUCCUCAAGAGGUAGGGGGUCUGGUCUAUCAGCGUCGUCGGGCCCCUCCCGAACGAUCCGCUCCGACAGGUUCGAGCGGCCCAACGCCAAGCGUCCGAAGUAUUAA